UUUUGUGUCUGAGGUCACUCAAGAGCUUUGUGUUCAUCUACUCUGGCCUUCUGCCAUGGUUGCUCAACCGUCUGAACAUUGUUCUUGUGCUCUGAGGAGGUUGUCCUUGAAGAUUUGCCAGCUUUGGGCCUUUGCUCUGCAGGGUAUUUUCCCACAGAUCUUGCCAAGCAGGCUCCUGAAAUCUUCACAUCUGAAGUCUAAAGCUGUAAUUCUGUUUUUUGUCUUGCACACUCCUCUCAGGAUCUGAAACUCCACAGUCUUGUGCUCACUGCAACCAAGACUGUCCUGUCCUUGAUUGUCAUCCCGCAGUUUUUCCUUGUUUGUAAGUAGCUGCAGCUCUUUGAGGGGAUCAGGCUCCACAUAAUUCUUUAAUUCUAGAACUCUCAAAUUUCUGGAACUGAAGAGCUUAUUUUUCCCUGUGUCAUUGUCACCACCAGAGGCGUUACUGAAAGUGCAUGAAAAAGGAGAAAUGUCUACAAAUAUUACACUACAGAAAGUUCCGUUCCAACUUGGGACAGAAAUGUGGCUUGGGGUUGAUUUUUUUCUGAAUCCAUAUAUACUGGUGCUCUUUUUCUUAAUUAAAAAAAUCAUCCUGAAACCAAAGAGAAGUAAAUCACUGCAGGGCUUUCAACUCAUUGUAUUACGUAGUGGGAGAAGAGCGACCAGAAAAAGAACAGAAGAACUGAAAAAAAAGCUUUUAAAUAGUUUGAUGUCCCUCAUUGAUAACAGUCCCGGCACUUCUUUCUGCCUAUUUGUGGAUUCAUGAGAUAGGGGAAAAAGAGAACAAAAGCCCUGCUGCCCAUCUCUUCUCUCUUCCAAUGGGACAUGUGCUCCAGCACCAGCCAAGUGCCAUACCCAGAUGGGCCUUUCCAAACCAAAGCCAUGCCUUAGUGUGAUGUUGCCCCUGAAGCCCUAGUUCUGAGACUGUUGUUAACAAAGUGAUAAAGCAAUUUUUCCUUUGAUGACUAAAGAAGAUGCUGUAUAUACCAACUGUUCCCCUGUAUCAUCCUAUUCUUGCCUACUGGCCAAAAUACCAUUUUUGGUCUGGUAUUACUUCUUAACUGACAGAAUAACUGAUUACCUGUACCUCAGCAUGCUGCAGACUAAAGAGCAUGGAGAAAGGAGGGAAUUAGGGAAGCAGGGAAAGGGGACUGCUGGAGCACCAAGCUACAGGCAAUGGCUGGCAUUGUACAAACCAAAGUGAUCUGCAGAGAAACAGCAACAAGUCUUCACUGCUAUACUGAUAAGUUCAUUUUGUUUCCUGUAUAGUGGGUAAAAAGGAUUGCAAUCUGUAUCCCCAUUAUAGGGAUCUUAUAGGUUGCUUCCAACCUUGUGAUUCUAUGAUUCUAUGAUUCUAUGAUUAGCAUUUAGAUUGGAGCAAAUGUUUUGUUGCUCUAUAAGAAAAUCAAAUUAGAACAUUCUUUUUAGAAGUUCUUUCUUCUAGUAUCUAUAAUCUAUACCUUGAAAGGCAUAAAGUUAGAAAGUAGAAACAAUUUGCAGGGUAUGUUAGUAUACUAUCUGAAUAUAUCUGUAAGCAGAUAUUUGGCUUUUACUGGGAUAUUUGUAGAAAAAAAUGAUGCAACUGUUCUGGAAGUGUUAUUUUUUUCUUUGCUAACUUUUGCUGAAGGUUUUAUCUAAACUAGUGAUACUCCUUUAGAAGAACCAUAAAACGUUAGAGGGCUAUGAUGAGCAUAAGCUGCUUAGUUUUUGGACAAUUUUAAGUUGUCUGUAGAUCUUGGAGAUUUACAUGGAUGGAAACAAUUGUGCUUGUCCCUUGCUCUGACAGAACAGCAGCACUUGUGCAAAACAAGUGUAAGAAGAGGUUUACAUACAUGACGAUGUGAUUUUUAUUCAUUUCCAGUAGACAGAGGUAUAAAUAAUGGAAUGGUUAUGCACGUGACUGCCUGUGGUGAAUGUUAGAUCUGUAUAUAGCCCAAGUAUUUGUUGUCUGACAAAUGUUUUUACCCUUUUCUAUUUGUGAUUGCACAAUGAAGUGACUCAGAUUGUCCAGCUAAGUGCUCCAUGCCUGAGGGAAUACACACAAGCUGAUUGAUUAAAUCACCUCUUUCACAAGCCAGGUAGUACUGGUCAGCUGAAGGACUGGCAAGCAGAAGAAAGGGAAAAUACUGACUGAAAGUACUUGACACUAUAUAUUGACACCACAUUGGUAUAUAUACACAAUAGUUUAAAUACUACAUAAUUUAUUAUUUUCUGUAUUUUGACCAAUUUCAGAACAGAUGGGCCUAGACAGUUGUUUUCCACCUGUUCUUCCUAGUAGCUACACAUUUCUUUCUUUCUUUCACAGUACACAUUUGGUUAUGAAUGUUAGUCCUGUGGAACUACUGGAAUAUAUUCUCCACUGGGGUAUCUUGUCAGGUCCAUCUGAAAAGCCAGUGCAGAAACAGCAUGCCAUAAAUGCAGUAACCACUGUGAGCUCAGCAUCCCAGUGCCUGAGGUCCUCCACCUACAGUUUACGCUGCCCUCUGCUUUGUCCCUAAAUUAAAUUAGAGUGAUACUUUUAACUCUGUGACACUCAAAAUAGCUCAAGACAUGGUUAUCUGAGAGGCCACUCCCUGUGUGAUACUGCUGAAGGUGGCAGCAAUUGGCUGUACUCAAGCUCUCAGCUCCUUCUUUUAAAAGACAGCACUGUGGCUGCAGAGGGUUUUCUUGCAGCGUCCUCAACCCUGUGGUCUGAUACAGCAAGACUCCUCUUUUCAACCUUCAGAGAAGAGGUCCUUCAAAAAACAAAGGCGAUGGUGAAGAUUUGCUGUUCUCUCCUCCUGUUAAGUUUGCUCAGUGUGCAGCUAAAAGCCAACCCUGGACUCAAAGUGAGAAUCACUCAGAAUGCCUUGGAGUAUGCCAAGAAGGUUGGACUAGAGAUCCUGAAGAAGAAUAUGGAGAAGGAGCAAUUCCCUGAUUUGACAGGCUAUGAGAGAUUUGGGCUUGGUAAUGUCAACUACAACAUCUCAAGAAUAAGAGUCACUGCUGUUGAAUUCCCCAACGUUUCCAUCUCCCUCAUACCCAGGAGUGGGAUAAAACUGGUGAUUAGAAACGCUUCUCUCACCAUCAAUAUGAACUGGAAUAUAAGGACCUGGAUGUUCAAAGACGGUGGAAGAAGCACAGUGCACAUUUCCAAGGUGUUUGUUACUGCAGUCUUUUCAACACCCCUGGAUAGUAUGGGUCGUACUUCAGUGUCACUUAACAGCUGUCAUACGACUUCUGGUGAUACAGACAUCAAGUUGAAUGGAAAAAGUGGCUUCCUGCACGAUUUCUUUAUCAAAUAUCUGAAGAAACCCAUUCACAGGAACUUGGCCACUAAUUCUUGUCCCAACAUCAGAUCUGGGAUCCAGCUGAUAGCUAAGGACCUCCAAUCACUGAAUGUCCCAGUGCGAAUUGAUGAUUUGGCUGAAAUUGACUACUCCUUAAACAGCUUGGAAGUAUUCCGACCAUACAUUGACAUGGCCUUAAAGGGGAUGGUCUACCCAGCUGGAAAUUAUACUGGCCCUCCCUAUGUGGCAACUCCCAUUGCUAUCCCGGACCAAAGUGACUCCAUGCUCUACCUUGCCUUCUCCGAGUAUUUCUUUCAGACAUUCUUAUUUUCUUACUACACAGCAGGGGCCUUCAACAUCACCAUUGCAAAGGAAGCUUGCAGAUAUUUAAAUAUAAGCACUGAGAUGUUUGGUAAUAUCAUCCCCAAGAUAGCCAAAUACUCAACUAUACCGUAUCCAGUUAUGAUGAAGCUAAUGGCCACUGAAAUACCUCUCAUCAGCUUGCAGCAGGAUUCUUUUACUCUAGCGAUUCAGGAAUCCAUGGAGGUGUUUGCUGUCCUGCCAGACUCAACCACUCAGUCAUUGUUCACAGUGAAUGUAGCAGCCAACACCAGCAUUGCUCUGAAUGUCUUUGACCAGAAACUCACAGGCUCAUUAUGUCUGAACAGGCUCCAGUUCUCCCUCGCCCAUUCCAAUGUUGGCUCUUUUGAGAUCUCAUUUCUGGAGAACAUCCUGUCUUAUAUUUUACAAACUGAAGUAAUUCCAUCAGCCAAUGCUAAACUAUCCAAAGGAUUCCCUCUUCCCAAUUUGGCCAAUGUUACCUUCAUAAGACCUCGUAUUACAAUCGCACAGGGAUAUGUGUUGAUUUCUACCGAUGCUCACUACAAGCACUGAAGGGCAAGAAUCACCGCCUGUUAGGCAUGAACCUGAAAUUAAUAACGGGACUGUUGAAAUAAAG